AUGUCGAACGCGACGUGGUUGUCUGAUGCAACAUCAAACUGUAAUCUACACGCGUUUGGUCCAGCUAGCUGCGAUGGCAGCUUCGACUUUACGCUGUUCUUCGAGCAAACCAUACUGUCGAUCGUUCCUUCCGCCAUCUUUCUGUGUUGUCUUCCUUUCAGCUUCAUCAAGCUGUAUCGGGCCGCACCCAGGAUUAAUGCACCUACCAUAAGAAAUUCUAAGCUGACCAUUGCAACCCUUCUUGCAGUCACACAAAUCUCUCUUCUGGUGUCAUGGGUCAUCCGUCCGGCUUCAGAGACCCCAGCGACGCUUCCAGCUCUGUGUCUUGGACUGAUCGUCUCGCUGGCCAUCGUCUUCCUUUCCACGGUAUCGCACACACGAUCCAUCCGGUCAUCUUCUCUGCUUGGCGUGUAUCUACUGUUCUCAUCUGUCUUCGAUGCAGCUCAGGUGCGAACCUUGUUCUUGAGUCAUUCUCGUAGAAUAGUACCGAGCUUCAUGUGCCUGUCCAUCGCUCUCAAAUUGUCAUUAUUGGCGUGUGAAUCCUGGAACAAAAGAUCAUGGUUACCUCCAGCAGAUCGAACACUACCACCAGAGUCAACGAGUUCUGUUCUAAGCAGAAGCUUGCUUUGGUGGCUUAAUCCUCUCUUUGUGAGCGGUCUGCGGACUCUCUUGAGCCAGGACCAGUUAUAUGCCAUUGAUCCAGACUUGCGGUCUCGGAAAACCGGCCAAAGUCUGGAGGCAGCACUCGACAAAGAAUUGAAGAAAGCUCAAGGUCGCACCGAGUCGUCCACAGCUCCUUCACCCGUAUGGGCUUUACCCAAGGCUUGCUUUCGCGCAGUGUGGACAGAUAUCACGGCUAUGAUACCUAUGAGACUUGCAUUGGUUGGCUUCACGUUCGCACAACCAUUCCUCUUCACCCGCGCCAUUGAUUACCUCAACCAGGAAAACCAUGAUCCGGACAAGAAUAUUGGGUACAGUCUUAUCGGGGCGACCUUCAUCAUAUACACCGGAAUAGCUAUAUCAAAUGCUCUCUAUCAACAGCAGAUCUCUCGUAUCAUGACUAAAUUGAGAGGCGCCCUAGUUUCGAUUAUUCAUGACCACAUCCUUGUUGUAUAUGACGGCGCUACCAAGGACGGUGCUGCAUUGACAUUGAUAUCGAGCGAUAUUGACACGAUGAUUAGAGUUCUUGGUGAGCUUAAUGAGUCCUGGGCUAGAUUGAUCGAAGUCGCGGUGGGCAUCGGCCUUCUGGCUCGACAAGUUGGCGCAGUGAGCAUUGUGCCUAUAGUUCUCACAGUCAUAUCCACCCAAGCACAAGGCUGGGUGUCUAGAAGGAUUGGAUCGAGGAGAAAAGAUUGGAGUGCUGCCACACAGAAACGUGUCAACACGACAUCUGCGGUACUUGGAUCUCUUCAAUCGGUCAAGAUGUCAGGUCUCAAGGAAUCUGCUUCGAGCUUGCUUCAUUCUUUGAGAGUCAACGAGCUUCAGAUGUUCGCUUGCUUUGCUCGCUUCAUCAUCGGGUUGAAUGCAAUCGCCGUGAUACCUUCAAUCUGGGCUCCCGUGACUACCUUCAUAGUCUAUGCCAUCAAAGCUUACGUCGACGGCUCGGACGGUCUGGAUAUCGCUCAAGCCUUUACUUCGUUGGCUCUGUUGGAUCUGGUCACGACGCCUAGCGCGAAGCUGCUGACCAUUAUGCCUUUAUGGGCACAGGCUUUGGGUUGCUUUGAACGGUUACAGCAUUACUUGGAACUCCCAGUUCGAAAAGAUUAUCGAUCUCACAGCGGCGGACUCCUGUCAAGCACAACUGACAACGCAAGUUGCGACCUCGCCAUCGAGCUGUCAACCCUUACUCCACAAGGUGCUCGUGCGGGAUCUGCUGUUGUCUGCUCACACAUGGAGGUGUCUUUGUCGACCGAAGGUCCCGCAAUCUUGAAGGGAGUCUCGCUUGACGUUAAUACAGGAUCCCUUGUUGUUAUUACUGGGCAAACUGGAACGGGAAAGACUACCCUGUUGAAAACGAUCCUUGGCGAAACUCAUACAUUGAGCGGCAGUAUGCUGGUUUCUUCGAAGAGCAUUGCGUACUGCAGCCAGAAGCCUUGGAUGGCCAAUAAGACCAUCAAAGAACUCAUCGCUGGUUCGGAUCGUGAUUCAACAGAAAUUGACGAGACCUGGUAUAGCACAGUGUUGUAUGCCUGCGAUCUUACCAAAGAUGUCGCAAGUAUGCCAGAUGGAGACGAUACUCGACUCGGCAGCAAAGGUGUCUCGCUUUCUGGGGGACAGAAAGCCAGACUCGCACUUGCUCGGGCUGUAUAUGCGCGUAGGGACAUCAUGCUUCUCGAUGAUGUCCUGAGUGCGCUCGAUGUCAAUACUGAGGAAGUCAUUAUCCACCGCCUACUUGGUCCCAAAGGAUUACUUCGCAAGUUUGGCACCACAGUCCUUCUGGUCACUCAUUCACAAAGAGCCAUGGCGAUCUCUGAUCAGAUCGUGACCCUCUCCAUGGAUGGCUGCGUUGUACACACAGGCUCGAGUUCAUCGCAUGAUCCCAAGCUUGGUAUGAUGACCGACACACCUCUCGACAAGUCUGCCGACGUGACAGUCACUGAGGUGAACAAAGCUCGAGCGCCAAAAGGUCCAUCCAAGGAGGACAAAGACGACUUGGCGAGGAGAACCGGAGAUUGGUCAAUAUACAAGUACUACUUCAGUAACUUCCAUAAGAGAUAUCUGGCCAUGUUCGCCGCUUUUUCUAUUGGCGCUGCGUUCAGUUCUAGAUUCUCUCAAAUCUGGCUUAAUUGGUGGACAGCAGAUGAUGACUCUAACUUGGGUCUGUAUCUGACGGUCUAUGCCGUACUCGCCCUGGCACAGACCUGCUUCAGCAACCUCAACAUGUGGGUUGUCUUCUUGAAGAUGAUUCCGGACUCUGCAAUCAACAUGCAUCGUACUCUUCUAUACACUGUAGUGGGAGCAGCUUCAUCGGUCUACUACCAAAGCGAUAGCGGUGCCAUCCUGAACAGGUUUGCCCAAGACAUGGCUCUGGUUGUUGGAGCCUUACCUACCUCGCUCAUUGCGACUGGAAAUACUCUAUGCGAGACCAUUGCUUCUCUGGCAGUGAUUUCCACAGGAGCCAGCUACAUGGGAAUCACAAUACCCUUCGUCAUGAUUACGAUAUAUGCGACACAGAAGAUCUAUCUCAGUACAUCACGCCAACUGCGUCUAAUUGAGAUUGAGGCUCGAAGUCCCAUCUACUCUCAUUUUCUCGAAACGCUUGAAGGGGUUGUCACAAUCCGCGCUUUUGGAUGGGAGGAAGAAGCGAAGAAUGAACACUCGAAGUUACUGGACACUGCUCAGUCGCCAUACUACUUGCUUUCUUGUAUUCAGCGAUGGCUGAAGCUGGUCCUUGAUCUGAUCGUUGCUGCUUUGGCCGUUUUGGUUGUUGCUCUAGCAGUUUCCCAAAGAGGUACAACUUCAGCAGGCUUGCUGGGAGUAGCCUUGACGAACGUUCUUGGAUUCAGCCAGUCGCUUACUCGUCUCGUUACCGAAUGGACAACUUUGGAAACAUCUUUAGGCGCUGUCUCACGGGUGCGAUCUUUUGCCACGACCACAGAGCAGGAGGCUUCAUCAGAAACCAGUACAAUGUCACAAGAACUGGUGACCCAGGGAGCAGUAGUGUUCUCUGGAGUCCAUGCCAAGUACACUGACGCACCUGGUCCUUACGACCUGAACGAUAUCACCUUCUCGAUCCCACCAGGCACAAGAGUUGCAAUCUGUGGUCGCACAGGAAGUGGAAAAUCGAGUCUGAUGCUUGCUCUGCUGCGUCUUCUUCCACUACGACAUGGCAGUAUUUCUAUCGAUGGACAUGAUAUCCAGCAUGUCCAUCCUGACAUUGUCCGUAACAGCAUCAUCGCCAUCCCACAACAGCCUUUCCUUCUUCCUGGAACUUUGCGAUCGAUCCUCGACCCCAAGGCCGAGUUAAGCGACACAGACUUGAUUUCUGCAUUGAGCAAGGUUCACUUACUUGACCUCGUCAAUGAACGCGGUGGAUUGGAUGCAGAUAUCGAUCAGCAGAGUCUCAGUCAAGGCCAAGCGCAACUGCUCUGCUUGGCACGAGCUCUGUUGCGCAAAAGCAAAUUGGUCAUCCUUGACGAAGCAACAAGCAGUCUGGAUGCAGAUACCGAUACUGUGAUUCGAGACGUAUUGCGCUCAGAGUUCGUUGAUUGCAGUGUCAUUUCUAUCGCACAUAGAAUGACGACUAUCCUAGAUGCAGACAUGGUGAUCAUGAUGGAUGCGGGGCGGGUCUCUGUUGUUGGUAAGCCAGAUGACUUGCGCAUCUCCAACAAUGGUUUCAGACAGCUGUGUGGUAUUUCUUGA